UCUUCAAUCUUCACCACCACCUCAAAAUCCUCUUCUUCCACACUCCUUCAACACCUCUCCUCUCUUCUCCAAAUGGCAAUCAAAAAAUCAAGCAAACUCUCUCAAGCAGCAGCGCUCAAGCAGAUCCUCAAACGCUGCUCCAGCCUCGGCAAGAAGCAGCAGCACGGCUACGACCACGACCCCGUCGACGUCCCCAAGGGCCACUUCGCCGUCUACGUCGGCGAGAACCGCAGCCGCUACAUCGUCCCCAUCUCCUUCCUCUCCCACCCGGACUUCCAAUGCCUGCUCCGCCGAGCCGAGGAGGAGUUCGGAUUCGACCACGAAAUGGGGCUCACUCUCCCCUGCGAAGAGGUCUUCUUCCGAUCGCUCACUUCCAUGAUCCGAUGAAGCUCAAUUGCUAGGGUUUUUUCUUUUUUUUUUUCAAUUUUCAAUUUUUGAUUUUCAUCCGAUCCCGCGCGUUGGUGAAAUUUGUAUUAUACCGCGGAUUUUUGGAGAGAGAUGGUCAAGAUGGAGGAAUUGAGCUGCAGAAUUGCUGAAUUCUCUCCUCUUUUUUCAAUAUCUUUCUUCGCAUUUUUAGAGGAAUCUCUGAUCUUAGAGCCCUGAAUUGUGGGGGUGCUUGUUUACGAGGGUUGGAUUUGUAGAUAAGGUGUUUGUGAUUUUUCCUCACAGAGGUGUUUGCUUUUACACCCUGUGAUAGAAUUUAACGGUAAUUUUAAUUCUGCUUA